UUCAUAUUAGUGAAAUAUCACACUCAACUAUAGCUGCUUAAAAGGGGCGAAAGAAAGAGAAUGAAGUAGAAGAAUAUGGAUGAGACAAUUAUAGAAGAAAAUAAGGACAAGAUAAUUAACAAUACAGAGGAAGAUGAAGAAGCAGAAAUAGACAACAGCUUCGUCCCUGUUUAUCACUCUUUUCCUGUAAAAGAUGAAGAUUCUCAUCAGGUUGUUUCUGCUGGGGAUUAUCGCUCCAUUUUAGCUUCCAAAGAUGGUGAUUUUCUUCUCUCUUCAACCGGAGCUCAGAUAGUGGAUGUCUUGACGCAGGUGAAAGUUUCCGACCUUGAAAGCAAAGUUGUCGGCCUAUACUUCUCAGCUAACUGGUAUCCACCAUGUACAAAGUUUACAGACCUGUUGAUCAAUGUAUACGAGCAACUUAAAGAUCACAGCGAUCCUGGCUUCGAGAUCGUGUUUGUUUCUUCUGAUGAAGAUUUGGAUGCAUUUAACACUUAUAAGUCAUCAAUGCCUUGGCUUGCAAUUCCAUUCUCUGAUUUAGAGACAAGGAGAGCCCUAACACAGAAAUUUGAUGUCGAAGGUAUCCCUUGCUUGAUAAUUUUACAACCUAACAAUGAUGCUGCAGUCAUUAGUGACGGAGUUGAACUUGUGUACCGAUAUGGAGUGCAAGCUUUUCCAUUUACCAAAGAAAGGUUGGAGGAGUUAAAGGAGAAGGAGAAAGAGAAACAUGACAAUCAAACAUUGAGCAAUUUGCUAACACGCGAUGGCAGAGAUUAUCUUUUGGGGCAUCCUGGACCUAAACAGGUGCCUGUUGCUUCUUUAAUGGGGAAAACUAUUGGACUUUACUUCUCAGCACAAUGGUGCAUUCCGGCAUUCAAAUUUACACCGAGGUUAAUGUCAGUCUACCAAAAGAUUAAGCAGCAACUAGAAGGAAAGGAGGAUGAAGAUUUCGAAAUAGUGUUUGUAUCAAGUGACCGCAACCAGGUACAGUUCAUGACAUAUUUCGAGACCAUGCCAUGGCUAGCAGUCCAAUAUGAUGAUCCAACAAUCAAGAACUUAGCUAAGUAUUUUGACAUCCGAGGGAUUCCAAGCCUAGUGGUUUUGGGCCCUGACGGCAAAACAGUAACCAAACAAGGUAGGAGUCUUAUCAACUUGUAUAAAGAGAAUGCUUACCCAUUCACAAAGACAAGAGUAGGAAUCCUAGAGAAGCAAAUGGAUGAAGUAGCAAAAGGCCUUCCUAAGACAGAACACCAUCCGGGCCAUCGACAUGAACUUACGUUAGUACCCGAAGGCCAUGGGGGUGGAGCUUUUAUCUGUUGUGAUUGUGAUGAGCAGGGCUAUGGAUGGGCUUACCAAUGCCUUGAGUGUGGUUAUGAGGUACACCCCAAGUGUAUGAAGCCCGUGGCGCGUAGCCCAGACAGCUAAUUAGUUAUUGGGCUGAUCUUAGCAUUCUUACAUGUUAUGUAGGUACCAGAUAUAUAGGCAAAGAAUAUAAUUGGUAUGAAGUUUGUCUUACUGAUAGGUUAUGGUGAAUCUUUAAUGGUCUCUAUUUAUGCUCUUUUCAACUUGUAAUUCUUGGUUUUAGCAGCAACCAAAUAUGAGCUUUUGAAGAAUCAGAAAUGUACAUUUUGUUAGACAAGCUCUUAAAUACUUGCAGAUGAAUCCUUGUGAGUAAAUGGUUUAUUUA